AUGGUAGACAUUCUACACUCCAACUCCACCUUGCUACACCCAGCUUUCUUCAUACUGACAGGCAUCCCAGGAUAAGGGGAUGCCCAGGCCUGGCUGACACUGGUGUUUGGGCCCAUGUAUCUGCUGGCCCUGCUGGGUAAUGGGGCACUGCUGAUAGUGAUAUGGAUAGACCCCACACUGCACCAGCCCAUGUUUCUACUCCUGGCCACACUAGCAGCCACAGACCUGGGCUUAGCAACAUCUAUAGUCCCAGGGUUGUUGGCUGUGUUGUAGCUCGGACUCCAACCUGUGGUAUACACUGCCUGCCUGAUCCAGAUGUUCUUUGUACAUGUAUUGACUGCCGUGGAGUCUGGUGCACUUUUGGCCAUGGCCUGUGAUCAUGCUGUGGCUAUAGGGCGUCCACUGCACUACCCUAUCCUAGUUACUAAAGCCCGUGUAGGCUAUGCAUCUUUAGCACUGGCACUAAAAGCUGUUGUUGUUGUGCCCUUUCCUCUGCUGGUAGCAUGAUGUGAGCACUUCCAGACCAAGAUCAUACACCAUGCCUACUGUGCACACAUGGCAGUGGUAGAGCUGGUGGUGGGUAACACACAGGUCAACAACCUGUAUGGGCUGGCACUUUCACUGGCUGUGUCAGGUGUGGAUAUUCUGGGCAUCGCUGGCUCCUAUGGGCUCAUUGCCUGUGUUGGGCUUCGGCUGCCGACCUGGGAGGCUUGUGCCAAGGCCUUUGGUACAUGUAGUUCUCACAUCUGUGUUAUUCUUGCCUUAUAUGUGCCUUAUCUCUUCUCCUACCUCACACACCGCUUUGGGCAUCACACUGUCCCAAAGCCUGUGCACAUCCUUCUGUCUAACAUCUAUUUGCUGUUGACACCUGCCCUCAACCCCUUGAUCUAUGGUGUCUGCACCAAGCAGAUCAGGGACAGGCUCCUUGAAACAUUCACAUUCAGAAAAAGUCGGUUCUAACAGUAAUAACCAUGGGGACUUGAGGUAGAAGAGGGGGACACUUGGAGCAAAGUCUGGAAUCUGAACAUGUGGGUUAUGUUGUCUUUGUCUCAUUGUGUGCACAUGACCAUUUUAACCACUCAAGAGAUAUUUGCUUUGAAGCCCAUAUUGGCAUCAACAGACUUCAGCCUAGCCAUGUGUCCUGCUUGGGAGGAGGCAGAGGCAGGAGGCUACACAUUAUUAUGCAGGGAAAACAGGAAGAGGAGGGAACUAGUUGAGAUCAUGAGAUCUGAAAGAAAUCUCCCUUUACUGCCUGCACAUCCAUUAUUUAAACCACAUCUGCCUAAGCAAUUCUACAGAUCCCAAACUUGGAGACUUGGGAUUGCCAGAGUAGACUGCCUCUGGAGUCAAAUUUGUUGGUACUUGUCUGGAAUCAAAGUCCUCCCUACUCUUGGAGCCAGAUUCUGUUUCCAGCCUGUUCUCAAAGAAGAAGUUGUACAGGCUUAUCCUCCACCUUCUGAGAAUCUAGUCCUGUGGUGCCAAUUUGUCCAGAUCAUGGGUUUUAAGACAUUCCCAAUUCAACCAAUCCUCUUGUUCUCCUUCCCACACUCCCACCAGAGUCUAAGGAACUUCUUUCCCUGAGCCUGCAACUUCAGGAAUUAGGAGCCCAAGUGAAAAAAAUGUUGACAUCCCAGAAAACUGCUGUAACCACAUUACCAUCUUGCCUGAAGUCAAGUCACCAUGAUUUCUUGAAAGUUAUUGUAACCACAUUACCUCCUUGG